ACACGUCUUUGUUGUCAGCGCCAAACUGACGGGCGCUUAUCCGAAACCUCAUUAUCACCGCUCAUCGUCUACAUCGUCAGACGUGACUUGUACUAGACUACAGACCACCAAUAUAUUAUCCAGCCUCACGACUACACUCAUAACCACCAUGAUCAGACGCACACCUACCAUGAUUCCAAUGUCAGACGCCGAUGUCCAAGAAAUUCGAGACCUCGUCGUAGAUCAAAAGUCUCGCUUUGAGGCCAAGCAAAAGACCCUCCUCGCAAUGAAAAAAGUUGCUGAGCAUCCAAACCAGCCGAACGACCCGGAGACCCUGCCGUGGUUCCAGCUAUUGGUAGCUGAGAGGAAUAGACGGCUGGGUAUAUCUGCGCCGAGCACAGGUAUUCAUGGUCCGAGCACAGGUAUUCCUGGUCCGAGCACAUCAGGUUCCACGUGAUGCGAGGUACUAUACAUAUGAAGCAUUGCUAGACGGAGAGAACAUUGUACGAAAUAACAGGACACAUCACGGCACGGAUCGUUGAGGAUCCACCCACGCAUGGGCUUGUCAGGGCCCGCUUUCAAAAACGUUCCGGAAUCCUGUACAUCACGCUGUCAUCAGCCCCUUAUCAGAAACAUCAGCCGAUUCCCAAAACUUACCAUCCAGGUCUCUCUGAUCACAUAACGCUGCAAGGUCAGACCUCUGAA